AAGAAGAUUUCCAAGCAGUUAAGCAAGCCAUAAUUGACAACAUUAUCAAAACUAUUAAAGAAAGCCCCUCAGAAUGGAAAAUAGUAGAAAUUUGCACUUUUGAUGCUGAUAUGCAUGGUUAUUAUACUCUUGGUGCCACGAAAGGAUAUCAAGAGUGA